UAUAUAACGGAGCUCUGGCACCCCACGCGGUAUUGUCAACAUUCACCGCAUGUGCGGUAACAUGGUUUCCAGUCUUAAGAUGACGCCAUGGCUGAUGGUAGUCUUCUGCCUCGUGACUGCCGGCUGCUCAAACGUCACGGAUCAGCAAACCUCAGAAAGUCAACACGAUCAAGUUGCUAUUCUGAAGCAAAUCAGAAAAGUCAACGAAGAUGGAUCCUACUCUUUUGGUUACGAAGCUGGGGAUGGAUCUUUCAAGGUCGAGACCCGCGACGUGUUAGGCAACAUCAAGGGUACAUUUGGUUUCGUGGACGCGGACGGUGAAAUAAAGAGGGUGUCAUAUUCGUCGUCGAACGGGACGGGAUUUAAAUCAACCACGGUAUCGCCAUUGCAGGAACAAGUGUCUGUGGUGCAGAGUAUACCACCGAGGGUGAACAGAAGUUCGACCACGCGAAAGUCGUCGUUGGCUUAUGCGUCAUCGACGGAAUCAUCGUCAACGAGAUCGUCGGUGGUGCAACCGAUUCCGAGAUUGCGUAAAACGACGACAACGGCAUCGACGACGACGACAUCGACGACGACGGAUAAUCCACGUCCGAUAUUUGGACAUUACGUAAAAUCAACUUCGAAGACGCGUCCACGGUUUGUGCUGAAUGGCCAGCAUAGAACACCAGUUACCGAGGAAGAAGUAAGCGAAGACUCGCAAAUAACGCGACCAAGCGGCGAGGAUAGACCGAGCGGUUAUCGCCGAAUCCUCUUUGCAAAACGUCCGGUUGAUCACAGCUUACGACCGAUCACAGAAGAAUUCGAGGAGAAGGAGGAAGAGACGAAAAUCACAACGGGGAACACUCUGAGACGCCAGUUGCCAGAAGAAACAACGAAACCUGAGACAACUUCGGAAGCGGCGAACGACGAUCAUUCCGACGUCUACGGGGGUUCGCUCUCAACAACUCGACCACUCUUUACCACGAACGCGCCACCCAGAUUGAUUCAUCGCCUUGCGAAUCCACGUCCGAAAUCUCUUUACGUCAACCAGAACAACCUUGGGCCAGCAAGAUUCGACAACAACAAGUUCGAAGGCCCGAGGGUGUACGAAGAAGAAUCCAAGACGACGCAGGACGAGCGUGAUCCGCCUCAACAGAUCGUCAUCAGGUCGCCGCAGCGAAUGACUACCGAGAAUCGCGAAUACGUUCGCCAACAACAGACGACGGAACCGGUGUACGUGCGUCAACCGCCGGAACAAUUUUUGCGGGAAUUGUCAUCCGCUGGACUUUUGAUUCGAGCGAAUAACGGAGACGAAGAGAAUGAAUACAGGACGAGAGUUCCGAUCGGUAGGAUUCUUUAUCGCCCACCACCGAGCCAACAACCCUUGUAUUCGACCACGACCGAUGCCAAUGUUCAUUAUCUUACGGAAACUCCGAUAACCGAACCUGAAGAAACUCCACGUGUUCCGGUAAUGCAAAACUACAUGAGACCUAGAAUUUUCCAACGGCCGCUGGCGGCGUACAUGGACCAAGAUGGUCAUCGAUCGCCCCGUCCUCUCCUGAGACCGGUUCCUCAAGCGAUGGACGAGCGAGAUUAUUCUCCAGCUCCGAUCGCAGCUCCAGAGUAUCCUUACCGAUCGGGACAAAUUGCCCUACCUCCAGAACCACCCAAUCCCAUCGCGCCACCUCUCAGCAGACGAGACUUCCAAUUGCUCCUUAGGCGGCUGCUCGUCAGUCAAUAUGGGACUCAGGCUCUUACCUAUCCCAGAACCUACCUAGAAGAUGCCCUUUUGGAUCAACAACCUUAUCCAUCCUAUCAACCGGCGUAUCAAGCCCCACUGGCUCGGCAAUCUCUUCCCUACGAUCCGAACCAAUUGGCCAUCCAAUAUGGUGAGCGCGUACCUCUUCGGAGACCAGGAUACGCGCGCGUCCUCAAUCCUAUCUACCAAAAUCAACCUUACGACGAUUACCAAGAAGGCCGAUUUCCAAAACGUGUCUAUCGUCAAAAAUUCUACCCUCAGGAGUUGAGCGACGAAGCUGACGAGGUCUUGCCUGCACCUAUCAGAGAAGCUCUCCUUCUGCGAAUGAUCCAACUCGCUAUCAACGCUGAUCGACCCGCGAUGGCGACUAUGGUUACGUCCACGACUCCGGCCUCGAUUUAUCGAAAAAACGGACCCGUGCGAAGCGUACAAAUCAUUACUGACGACGAGGAGGACGACAAGGAUAGUAUUAUGAAGAAAAUGUAGCGAACUCUGUGGCGUCUUGUUGAUCUUGUUAAGAAAUGGAGAUAACUAUCGAUUUUGUAGAGAAGGAAAGUCGUCCUACGCACAGCAGAUAUACUUUUGGACGAUUUUUUUUUAGAAUUUCACCCAAAAAAUUUCCCUCACGAAGAAUUUUAAUAAUGUUAUUAUUAUUUAUUGAAAAUAUCAACCAAAUACUUUCUUCUUUAUGGUAAACGACGUAGAAGAUCUGCCAGUAUAAAACGGCAUUAAAACGACUGUACGUGUUCCUGUAUAAUCAGUCGCGAGAUGACCAGUACAAUUGAACCAAAAAGAAAAUAUGUCUCGUAGCUUUUUAAGGACGAUUAUUCCACGGAACUUACAUUUUUCUGUAAAUAUGACAUUAUGUAAACUAGUGUAAUAUUAUAUAUAUAUAUACCUAUGUAUGUCUUUUCAAUACGAAAAUAAAAAAGUGAGAGCGAAUGAUAACAAA